AUGAUUGCACUCCCCUUCUUAACAUUCAUUGUCCUCUUAGCUACAGCUCUCGCUCAGGAGACUGUACCCAAAUUCGGUCCCUUCUGCGGAACUCCAGUGCCCGUCUAUGACAACGGUACAAAGGCUACCAACUGGCCCGACUACAUAGCCGAGCUGGAGAAGCAUGAAGCUUUGAACGGUCAAGGCUCAACCGAUGCCUGGGGAACUGAAGGCGGUCCUAUUCCAUGGCCACGCACUGGCGAGCAUCAAGUUGUUAUCCCAUACUGCUUUGCACAAGAGCAUGAUCGCAGGAACACCCGGAACAUAGUGGAGAACGGUAUGGCCAAGUGGAUUGAAUAUCUCGGCGGCCCAGCGAGUCGCACCGCCGGCCACGCCAUCAGCUUCCAAGAGCGCAAGAACGCCCAGGGAAAGCCACUGUACUGUGCUUCUCCCGCCAACCGUGAUGCCUGGAACGACCAGGUCCCCAGGGACACUCUUGCGAUCGAAUUUACCGAAAAUGUAGGUUGGGGCGGAAGCAUGGCCCACGAGCACAACCACCCGGACCGCGACACCUACCUCAAAGUCACGCCCAAAUCCCUCGCAGACUGGGACGCAUGCUGGCAGCGCGUCCACGCCCACAAAGGCCCCCUCAUCACGCCCGAGAAACUCUGCCGCUCCAUCCGUCUAACCAUCAAAUACGGAUGCACGUGCGCCGCCUUUGUCAAAAACCGCGUGGAGCCAGGCUGGCCCAUCAGGUCGAAUGCCGGCUUUGACAUCACGAGCAUCAUGCAUUAUGCCAGUGUCUCCGGGUACUCGAAUCAGCGGUGCAUCACAAAGGGCGAGGAUUGUCCUAUGGUAGCGUAUGUGGAUCCAAAGGAUCAUAGUAAAGGGACGAGGUUGGUGGAGCAGGGCAGGAGGCCGAGUGAGAAGAAUUUGAUGUGGGUCAAGAGGAAUUAUCCGUGGUAG